UUGGCCGUGGGAAUCAAGCCACGGUCGUGCAUUUUUUCUGAGGAUUUUAGGGCGAGGCUUGGUGGCUAGGGUUCUCUCUGUUAUUUAUUGCUGCGUGAGUUUCUCGAAAAUGUGGGACGCGUUGCUUGAUUGUGAUUUUCCAUAUUCAAAUUUCGAGUCAGAUUCAGAUUCAAAUUCAUGCGACGAUGAGUUUGGCCUCGUUAUGUUGUUUGGGGACCAAAAACCAUACGUGGAGUUGCCUCCUUCAGGAUCGCCAAGGGCGUAUUCGUGGAGUGAUGAUGAUAGUGGCUGUGACGAUGACCAUACCGUACCAGUUGAGAAAAGCGAUGGGUUUGAUGUAUGCAAUACCUAUCGGAUGGACAUAAGCAAAAAGACCAGAUGCUUGGAUUAUGACAUGUUCUCAAAGGUUGCGGUGGAGGAAUACAACCUUCGCUUCAAGGGCGCAAAUAGUGAGCUGGAGUUUGUGAAGGUUUUAAUGGCACUGUCUCAUCCAUGCAAUCUCAUUGUGUUAUAUUUAACCUUGGAGGCCAAGGAUUUUGCUGAUGGAGGGACGAUUAAGAUCUAUCAAGCUGUGGUGUGGUGGACGGUAGGUGACGUGAAGGUGGAAUCCUUCAGGCUUAAACCUCCCGAGGAUGAACAAGAAGGUUCAGGCAAUCGUGGGAAUGAAUGGUUUUGGAAAGGUCACUAAUGGCGGUGGUGCGGGUGGUCGUGCCAAGUUAUGGAUCUUGACGGCUGGAGCUUCUCCUGGUCACUUUUGGGCGCCAAGUUUGCGAUUUUCCCAAUGACCGUUUCAGGGGAUUUCGGGCGGCCACGGAGUUAGCUGCGUAUAAAAUGGUUGUUUACCAAGAUGAACUCGACGAGGUUUUAGCCGAAACAUCAACGGAAAACAAGACUGUAAUUAUCGCUGUGGUAAACAAAGCCUAUGUGGAAGGGGACAAGUCAAUGCUUGAUCUAUUCUUGGAUGGAUUCUGGAUCGGCGACGAUACUCAGGGGUUAGUAAAUCACAUUUUAAUUGUGGCCACCGAUCCAGUAUCCUACAACCGGUGCAAGUUUCUUCGGCUUCAUUGCUACAAGCUCGAAACAGAGGGUGUAGAUUUUGCUGGGGAGCAAGCUUUCAUGUCUGAAGAUUAUGUCAAGAUGAUGUGGAGGCGGACUUUGUUCCUUGGGGAUGUUCUCAAGCGGGGCUACAACUUCAUCUUUACGGACACCGAUAUAUUAUGGCUUAGGAACCCAUUUUCCAUUAUGAGCGCAAACGAAACAUUUGACUUUCAAAUGGCUUGCGAUUCUUACCGAGGGAAGGAAUCCUUCGACAUCAACAACGGUUUUACCAUUGUCAGAUCAAACAACAAGACAAUUUCAUUGUAUGAUAUUUGGUACUCGAAAAGAAAAGAAUAUGUCGGAAGGAAUGAGCAGCACGUUCUUGUGCAGCUCAUGCAAAAUGGGUUGUUCCAAGACUUAGGACUCAAUGUUAGGUUUUUGGAUACAAUUUAUUUUAGUGGCUUUUGCGAAAAUAGUAGAGAUGUUGGGCUUGUGGUGACCGUUCAUGCUAAUUGUUGUACUACUAUAAGUGCCAAGUUAGCUGAUCUAACGAUUGUGAUCCAUGACUGGGAGAGGGCUAAGAAGUUAUCUGCCAAUGAGACGUCGACAUUUAAAUGGUCAGAGCACAUAGCUUGUACAAAUUCGAGAAACAAUUGAGGAUUAUUCAAAGGUUUCCAGUA